AUGAAGCACGUGGAGUGUAAGGCGGAAGAAGGUUCUCUCUCUGCUGGUGCCAGGAUAUACGAGGAAAUGAGUAAUGUGCAGAAGCAGCUCCUUAGAGACUAUUUGUCGUGUAAAUUAGGUGCCGCUAGCGACUGGCGUCCAGUGGUGUCGAAUAGAGUGGAGGAAGUUGUGCGUCGCAGGGCGCAGUCUGGAGAGUCGCUGGAUGCCCACGACGUGGUGGGCGAGGUGUUGCCAUUUUCUCGUUCUAUUAUUCCUGCCGAGGUACGUGAGGGACUCUUCCGUCACAUAUCGGCCGUGCUGCGCCUGAGAGAGGAGCAGAACUGA